AUUUUAUUAAAUAAAUACUGUUUCAUGAAUAUUACUCUAGAUUUUUUUUUUAGAUCAUCGUUUUUGCGGUGAUUGAACUUUGUGAAGAUGGCAUUAAUUUUGAUUGCUAAAGAAGCGAAACAAAUUAUCAGAAGUCUUGCUUACUGACGAUAGACCUAGUUAAGAACUGUAUGUAACAACAUGUGUCAGUUUAAAAACAGGAUGUGGUAAGUCUGUUUCUAAAAACUAAACAAUAGCAGCGUUUAUUUUUAAUGACUUGUAAUCUAAAAACAUGGGCAACCUUUUAGCUUGUUGGAUGAGUAGAUUCCUGAGGCAGGAUUAACAAAACAAAGCAUGAGAAUUUAUUUAAAUUAUUAUCAGCCACAAGGAAUGGAAAGCCAAAAUACUUAACAAGUGACGGUUAUAGACCACUGCUGGAACUGACAAAGUUACACCAUAAGUGCAGUACAGAAACCAGGACCAGAGGACACAGCUGGAAAUUAAGUGGAGGUAGACUUUAGGACAGAGGGAAGGAGACACUUCACACAGAGAGCGUGCUGUCAAGCUUGACAUUAAAAUGAGUCUGCUGGCUCUGGUGCUUUUGAGUCUGAUGCAAGGUACCCAAACUGUUCAUGUUUCCCAAUGGCCGGAGCUGGUGACUGCAGCGGUAGGAGGGAACGUCACUCUGAAAUGCAACAUCUCCUACAUCAGCAAAAACAUCAGGCGUAGGAUAGUGUACUGGUUCAUUCCCGGGGCUGGGGAUGACGAUGACGAUAUCCCUCUCCAUCCCUCCCCUGGAUCUCAGUACCAGGGGCGAGUAGCCCUGGUGGGAGCGGAGAACACAUCCAUGCAAAUCUGUGAGCUUCAACUCCAGGACUCCUGCAGGUAUUACUGCAUGCUGUCCUAUGUGAAUGGGGACACUCCGAACAGGACCAUCGGAGGUGGAACACAGCUCUACGUUCACGGUCCCCUUCAUUUCAACCUGACAGCUGAGAAUCCCUUUGUGCUGUACUGUGAGAUCAACGUGGGCAACUUCACAGGGCUCAGCCUGGUUUUUCAGAGAGAAGGUAGCGAGAUGGGCGAGGCGAUGACGAUCACGCCGCUAGAGAACGGAUCAUUCCUCAUAUCCCGGGAACUCUGUGUCAAGCAAGGCACGCUGCAGGAAUACCAGUGUCUGCUGAAGCAUAGCUCUGGGGUCUUUCUACUGAAGAAAAGUCUGGAUGUGCCCCCAUUCUAUCCUGAAGAGUAUCCACAACCCAUACUCCUCUAUGCUUGUAUUCUUGUGUUCCCAUCCACAAUGCUCAUUGUUAUAUUGAUAGUAGUCCUCAUAAAAACGAAACACUGACAGAUUGCAAGGUAACUGUAAUCUAUCUAUCUAUCUAUCUAUCUAUCUAUCUAUACAUUUGCAAGGGUCAGCAACUAAGAUAUAGAUAACUAAGGAGGCUGUGUGGUCCAGUGGUUAAAGAAACGGGCUAGUAACCAGGAGGUCCCCAGUUUAAUUCCCACCUCAGCCACUGACUCAUUGUGUGACUCUGAGCAAGUCAUUUAACCCCCUUGUGCUCUGUCUUUUGGGUGAGACGUAAUUGUAAGUGACUCUGCAGUUGAUGCAUAGUUCACACAUCCUAGUCUCUGUAAGUUGCCUUGGAUAAAGGCGUCUGCUAA